AUGGCCUUUGAGGAGAAUGAGUCGCUCAUGGAUAUUGACAAGAAGUUCAUAUAUGUGUCUCUUUCGUCCGACUCCACCACGCUUUAUGCGUAUGAUGAUACCGCGCUCAGCUCACAUUUGAAUGUGAGUUGUUCUGAACUGAUAUCCCAGGCGCUUGGUGGUAUCAACAGUAACCAGGGCUCGCGUUCUGGAUCUGUGAUCAUCAGCUCGAAUGUGCUUUGGGGUCACUCACGUUAUGUUGACCUGAUGAUGUACUACGUCAAAGUAGCCAUUCCCAAUAACGGACUCGUGACUGUGGUGGCGGUUGUGAGCGAACUUGUAGCUCGUGAGUUUGUUUUGCAAGUUCUGGAGAAAAUUGCAAACGAAUACCGCCAAUUUCGAUUAGCUGGGGAGUCCGAGAGCGGGUCGUCUGCUUCGCCGUCUGGAUUCAUGCUGGAGUUCAAAAUUCGCAUGAAACAGAUCAUCAAGUCUUGCGAGGCUAGUUAUGCUCAGGAUGUGACUUCGUAUGGAUCAAUUGAGGAAGCUACUUCAGAAAUAGACGAGGUGCGGAAUAUCAUGGCAGAGAACAUAGAGCGUGUGAUCGAGAGAGGUGAAAGGAUAAAUCUUCUGGUCAACAAGACCGACAAGAUUAACACCAGUGCUAAUAGCUUCAGGCGGAGGGCCAUUGCCGUGCGGAAGCGGAUGUGGUGGGCUAAUAUCCGGUUCGUGGUUUUGCUUUCGGCAGUGGGGCUGUUCCUGUUCUACGUUUUGGUAGGCUUUGAAUGUGGCCUGCCGUUGUACUCUAAAUGCAUUCACCCGAAACGGCCAAAACAGCCUGAACCACACGAGUAA